GUGUGGUGCGGAACCCACUUGACCGCUUCCUUAGUCACUGGAGGUGGAGACAUGUGCAGGACAAAGCCGAGAAGUGUUCCGCCGAGUUCCUGGAAAAUUACACGAAGGAGAAGCUGACCCGGGCACGCGCACAAGACGUGCUGCUCGAAGACUGCCACUUUGUGCCUCAGGUCCAGUACACCUACAAGAAGGGUGACUCCUCCGCCCCUCGCAUCUGCAAGCACAUUCUGAAGCUCGAGGAGCUCCAUGAAGGUUUCGACCUGCUCAUGGCGAGCUACAACCUGACGAAGGUGAAGCUGGGCAGGCGAAAAACUCGCACGAGCCCAGCAUGCGACAUUACACCCACAGCAGCAACGCUACAGAUGAUCAAGGAAUUCUAUGCAGAGGACUACAAGGCCUUCGGCUACUGA